CAUUGUCCAGAGUAAACAAACUUUAAAAAGGAAGGCGUACUGUAGCAAGCAAAAGUUCCGUACUACUAAAAUGCACACACAACAAUCACCGUCACCCUCCGCCGAUCGGAGGUUGAGUGUUCUGGCGAGGCACCUUGAACCGUCGUCCGUUGCCGUUGAAGGUCAUAGCAACCACUCCAUUGUCGGUGCUCCUACCUCAGGAAAUGAUGGAAAACAGUCUGUUUUCUCUCAUAUCGUUCGCGCUCCCGAAGAUCCUAUUCUCGGCGUUACUGUUGCAUACAACAAAGAUACCAGCCCCAUGAAGUUGAACUUGGGAGUUGGUGCGUAUAGGACAGAGGAAGGAAAACCUCUUGUUUUGAAUGUUGUUAGACAAGCAGAACAGCUACUAGUAAAUGAUAGGUCUCGCAUUAAAGAGUACCUUCCGAUCACUGGGUUGGCAGACUUCAAUAAAUUGAGUGCUAAGCUGAUACUUGGUGCUGACAGCCCUGCUAUUCAAGAGAACAGAGUAACAACUGUCCAGUGCUUGUCUGGCACAGGCUCAUUGAGAGUUGGGGGUGAAUUUUUGGCUCAACACUAUCAUCAACGUACUAUUUAUAUUCCCCAACCAACAUGGGGAAACCACACAAAAAUUUUCGCUUUAGCUGGGUUGUCAGUUAAGAGUUACCGCUACUAUGAUCCAGCAACCCGUGGACUCCAUUUUCAAGGUUUGUUGGAAGACCUUGGAUCCGCUCCAUCAGGAGCGAUAGUGUUACUUCACGCUUGUGCACAUAACCCCACUGGUGUGGAUCCAACCAAAGAUCAAUGGGAGCAAAUUAGGAGAUUGAUGAGAUCAAAAGGAUUGCUACCCUUCUUUGAUAGUGCAUAUCAGGGCUUUGCCAGUGGAAGCCUAGAUACAGAUGCACAGUCUGUUCGCAUGUUUGUGGCAGAUGGAGGUGAAGUACUUGUUGCUCAAAGUUAUGCAAAGAAUAUGGGGCUUUAUGGUGAACGUGUCGGAGCUUUAAGCAUAGUGUGCAGAAAUGCUGAUGUAACUAGCAGAGUUGAGAGCCAGUUGAAGUUGGUGAUUAGGCCAAUGUAUUCCAAUCCACCAAUUCACGGUGCGUCUAUAGUUGCUACAAUCCUCAAAGACAGAAACUUGUACCAUGAAUGGACUCUUGAGUUGAAAGCGAUGGCUGAUCGAAUCAUCAGAAUGCGCCAGCAAUUAUUUGAUGCUUUACGUGCUAAAGGUACCCCUGGUGACUGGAGUCACAUUAUCAAGCAGAUUGGAAUGUUCACUUUCACAGGACUUAACAAAGAACAAGUCGCCUUCAUGACCAAAGAAUACCACAUCUACAUGACAUCAGAUGGACGCAUUAGCAUGGCAGGUCUAAGCUCCAGGACAGUUCCACACCUGACAGAUGCCAUCCAUGCUGCUGUGACUCGGGCUCGUUGAGUUCACUACUGGCUACUACUGUUUUACAUCAUGUUCUCUUUAAGUUGGCCGAGUAUUUCCCGCUCAAGUUAAAACUCGAUUGCAAUUCCCCCUCCUUGUAAUAACUAGUUUCCUCUCCUAAGUUGGAGGCUAUAAUAAACCUGUAUCUGUAAUGUAGAAUAAAUAUAUUUUGCUUAAUGUAGCAAAACCAAUUUUCGUUACCUCUUCAGCAUACCUUCAA